AUGUCUCACAAUUCACGCCACUCCAUAGACUCAUGCACUCUCCAGCUCCAUUCAUGGAGACCUUUUCUCGAUUCCGAUCCCAACAGUUAUAAACCCUACGCGUCUUCCCGCACUCUGACUAAACGCCCUUGCCUUUCCGAUCGCGCCACUUCUUUCCAUUCUAACAUCGAUUCCAUCGAUAUUUCCAAGCUCUCACUCCUCGAAGACGAAAACACCAACAACAAUAGCAAUAAACCCAUCUCCGCCACCUCCGCUGUUACCAACGGCCCCUACAAGCGAGGUAGCUUAGGCCUUAUCGAGCGCAAGAGACGGAGGAGAGGAUCCCGAUCCGUGUCCGGCCGGAGCUCCGAUAGAAGUGGGACCCGGCGGUGCUGCUCUGUGGGUGCGGCGUCUGCGGCUCAUGGGACUUGCUCGGAUUUCCCUGUGGCGGUGGGGACGGACUCCAGUGGGGAGCUGUUUGUGAAUGGGGAUGCGAAUUGGGCUUCGGAUGUAAGUGAAGCAAAGAAUUCGAUAAAAGAGAGGGAGGAGAAAGAGAUUUUGUUGGGAGGGGGUAGUGUUUUUGGAAAUUUGGAUAGCGAGUCUGGGUAUGGGAGUGAGCCUGGUUAUAGAGGGGAUGCUGAGUUUGGUUAUGGAGAUGAGGUCGAUGAGGAAGAGGAUGAUGCCAGGUUGUUAUUUUGGGGACACCAUUUUCAAGAUUCUAAGAUGGAAAUGGUUGGGGAGAACACAUUUGAUCCAAAAAACCAUCACAGAUGUCGUCGCAAGAAGCAUGAUUGUAGAAUGGUUGAUUCAAAUCUCAUUGCUGCUGCUGAGCAUGUCCAAGUAGUGUAUUUGUUUAAUAUUGGAUGUGCAUUGUAUUCAAACAACUCUUUUACCCUCGUGGUUCCAGAAGAGCCGUUGCUUGACCUGUGUAAUUGUGAUUCAGAGGCUCUGGAAGAGUCGCAUGAAGCAGAAGAACAUGAAAGUGCUAAGGGCUGGGUUUCUAACAACGGGGACACUUAUGUUCGAGAAGCAUGUAGUGUGACUAGAUAUCACAAUCUGUGCAUCCACUCACUAGCAUCCUUUUCCAACUCUGCUAGGAGAAGUCCCAGCAGGUGGGCACGAGCUGGGGUUUCGGUGACAAUAUGUGAGGCUAAUAAUGCUAGUCAGUAUCUGAACAGAUUGAAGAAAUUUAGGAUCAUGGGAAGCAGAAACAGGAUUGCCCUUUCAGAUUGUAUUGAGUGCUUCCAAGACGCGAUUGCUAAUCUUCACAAAUCACUUGGCAUACUCAGAAAGCUUGACGCGGCAAACUUUGAUAAACAGAUGGGGGACCUAACUACAUGGUUGAGUGCUGCGCUCACAGAUGAAGACACUUGCUUGGAUGGUUUUGAAGAUCAAAACAGCAAACAAGUUAAAAUGCUUCAAAAUCAGGUUUCAAGAGUCACUUAUAUCACCAGUAAUGCACUGGCUCUUGUUAACAAACUUGCGGCCACUGGUUUGGGAAGCCUAAACGGUCCAUAG